AUUGAGAUCACCACUGCCACCUACUGACAUCAGCUAUUGACAUCAGCACUGACACCUACUGACAUCACCUACUGACAUCACUACUGACACCUACUGACAUCACCGCUGACACCUACUGACACCCCCUAUUGACAUCACCACUGACACUACUGACAUCACCUAUUGAGAUCACUACUGACACCUACUGACAUCAGCUAUUGACAUCAGCACUGACACUACUGACAUCACCUAUUGACAUCACCACUGAUACCUACUGACAUCACUACUGACACCUACUGACAUCACCUAUUGACAUUGUCACUGACACCUACUGACAUCACCUACUGACAUCACCACUGACACCUACUGACAUCACUACUGACACCUACUGACAUCACCUAUUGACAUUGUCACUGACACCUACUGACACCCCCUAUUGACAUUGUCACUGACACCUACUGACAUCACCACUGACAUUGUCACUGACAUCAGCACUGACGGCCCUUCCGGUCUGUGUUUUCAGAGCGUAGUGAAGCAGCUCGGGUGCUGCUGGAGCUCGGGGCGCAGGCAGGGACAAAGGACUCUGAUGGACAGCUCUGUACAACUGCUCUGAUUGGUCGGAUGAGUCCAGUGGUAACAAUGUUGCACCUAUUGAUGAAUAACAGGGCUGUGAUUGGUCAAAAAAAGUCAUUAUUAAAACUUCCAACUUUUAACAAGAAAUGAGGAUUUGAGUUCAAAUCCUACUGUGAAAUAUGGAAAGAUGAAUCCAGCAGAAAAGAGCAGGGAGCGUCCUGAUGGUGAAUGUUGUGUCCAGGCCCAGCUGGCGCUCAGUCAGUUCCAUGUGACGGACAGAAUGACCAGACAGCAGUACUACUACCUCAACCUGUUGGAACCAGAACCACACUCACCUGAGACCCAUCUGCAAGAAGCAGUCAUCAGCGAGCCGACGUCUCCGCUGGAGGUGGUGGUGCAGCACGGGAAACUGGACCUCAUCAUGAAUCCAGUCUUUCUCAAACUAAUCCAGGUCAAAUGGAAACUGUACGGCAGGUUGGGGGCGUGGCUUCUCCUCAUACUCAACUUCCUGUUCAACAUUUCCUGGACGACCGUCGCCAUCUCUGUGUCCGUCCACCGAGGCUCGACUGAUCGCUACGUCCUCCCCCAGGACUGGUGGCGUGUCCUCCUCGUGCUCCUGGCGCUGCUGUUGACUCUGCAGGAGGUCCUGAGGGAGGUGCAGGACAUCCUGCGUUCGAGGAGGAAGCUCCGCCUCUGGCGGCGGUGGGCAGAGCGUCGUCUCCAUGACGACCUGCGCCGCUCACAUCCCAUGUGGCCGCAGGUAAGAAUAACAGGUUUAAAGGGACGGUUCAACAGCAGUAACCCGUUAGCUUAGCUUAGCAUAAAGACUGGAAACCGCUAA